AAUUCGGCCAGUUGCGGUGUGCAAGACCUUCAGGAGCAUCGUGAGAGAGCAACAAAGCCGGUGCCUUUGUAGUAAACAAUGCGUCCUUAAAAUGAUGAACUUCUUUCUCCUCCGUCAGCCUUGCGUUGACAAUGGGACAAUGGUGCCGUGCGCGACCCAAUAUCAGAGUUCGGCGUCGUCGUCUUGGCCUCACCAAAGAUCUGGCGCUGCCUGACAGCGUAGGGUGUUUUAACCCCGAGUCCACCGUUCCAAGCGAAGGGAGGAUCGCAGGUCGAGCAAGUACUUCAGGCGGGUUUCGAGGUUCCGGGUCCGUCUUCGUGCACCCUUUCCACUAAUCCACCUCAAUCCAAUCCGCGGACAACAACGGGCGAAUACCAUGCCGCUCUGCUGCUGCCCCAAAGACCGCAAACCCAAACCACCAACCUCCACCCCAUCAGCAGCUUCCGAACCGAACGCACCUCUGCCAUCUCCAAUCACCAAAGUCUUGCUAGACAGCUACGACGCCUACGACUGGAACCAUUCCGCAGACGCGCUGACCGAUUGGCUCAACGCGCGGUGGAAGAAGACGGGCUUCCAGGUGAGUCGGGAGACGGUGUGCUUCACACUCCGCGCUAACGGUCGCGAUGCAGAGAUCGGCACGGGUGACAGGAUGGAGGGUGCUUUCUGCCGGGCUGCUGCGAGAGGAGGAAGCGAACCCGAGAGGCAAGUUUGACUGACGUGCUCCGGCGGAAGGCUUACCUGCAUAGUCGCCAGGUUGCGUGCUAGCUCGAAACGGGCAUUGCUGGUCCGCGAUUGCUGAAGGAACAAGGCUGAAGCAUUCGACAAGUUUGGUCAUCGACGUAGGUAUUGAA